AAUAUUUCAGUGGAGGGUCCGGGAGUUCCACACUUACUCGCCUCGUCGCCCCGGUGCCUGACCAGCCCAGCUCAGUCCUCAGGGAAGGCGUUUUUGACGGGAACCAGUUGCCAACAUGUCUAAAGUUAAAAUGCCAGCGAGGUUGGAGAAGACGGACGAACACAUGCGCGCCUUCGCUGAGAAGGUGUUUGCGUCCGAGACAAAGGACGAGGACGUCCGGGAGGAAAUGUCUCUGUUCGACGUGGCGGAGGACUGUCCGAUCGUCCAGCACCAACUGACCCAACACCUGCACGCUGAAUCAAGCAAGAACACAGAGAAACGGAAGAAGCUCAUGAGCCGGGUGCAGAUUGCCCCGAUGCUCGUUACCAUGGCUGAGGUGUCGCAGACGGUGGAGCUGGACACGCCCCUCUACCUGGAAGUACCUGCAUUCCAGAGAGUCGCCAUUGUCGGGGAUUAUGCAUCCGGGGUAACGCUGGAUGAUUUCGAGCUGUCCUGUAAAGGCCUGCACCGAGCCCUGGCCAUCCGGGAGAAGUACAUGAGAAUGGCGUACCAGCGCUUUCCCAGCAUCGUCUCCCAGUACCUGCGCGACCUGGAGGGCGGGGUGUGGAAGAGCGAGGACCAGGUGCUGCCAGUGUUUACGCCCCCGCCCAAAAAGGAUGAGGACCCCUUCUGUACCAAAUCUCUGCCCGAGAACCUGGGCUAUGUGGCGCGGAUGCGCGACGGUCUCAUCUACGUUUACAAUGACGAGGAGGCCGCCAACCAGCACAAGCCCAAAGACCUGCCCAGGCCCGACUACAACACCUUCAUCGAUGACAUGAACUUCCUCAUCGCCUUGAUUGCGCAGGGGCCCGCUAAGACGUACACCCACCGUCGUCUCAAGUUCCUCAUGUCCAAGUUCAACGUCCAUGAGAUGCUGAAUGAGAUGGAGGAGUUGAAGGAACUUAAGAACAAUCCCCACAGGGAUUUCUACAACUGCAGGAAGGUGGACACUCACAUCCACGCGGCCGCCUGCAUGAACCAGAAACACCUGCUGCGCUUCAUCAAGAAGUCGUACCGCGUGGACUCGGAUCGCGUGGUGCAGAACAUUAACGGCAAAGACGUCACGAUGAAGGAGCUGUUCGAGAAGCUCAAGCUGCACCCGUACGACCUCACGGUGGAUUCGCUGGACGUGCACGCCGGUAGGCAAACCUUCCAGCGUUUUGACAAGUUCAACGCCAAAUACAACCCUGUGGGCGCCAGUGAGCUGCGCGAUCUCUACAUGAAGACUGAGAACCACAUCAAUGGAGAAUACUUUGCCACUAUCAUUAAGGAAGUGGCCAGUGACCUUGAGGAUGCCAAAUACCAGUAUGCUGAGCCUCGCCUAUCCAUCUACGGUUGCAACCCUGCUGAGUGGGCCAAGCUGGCUGGCUGGUUCAAUAAGCACCGUGUAUUCUCCCCCCAGCUCAAGUGGAUGAUCCAGGUUCCCAGAAUUUAUGACAUCUUCAGGGGCAGGAACUUUGUGCCGCACUUUGGAAAAAUGCUGGAGAAUAUCUUCCUCCCGGUCUUCCAGGCGACCAUUGACCCCCAAAGCCACCCGGAGCUGAGCAUCUUCCUCAAACAUGUAACUGGGUUUGACAGUGUUGAUGACGAGUCCAAGCACAGUGGACACAUGUUCUGCUCCAAGAGCCCCAAGCCAGAGGAGUGGGACAUUGCCAAAAACCCAUCCUACACCUACUACAUCUACUACAUGUAUGCCAACAUUAUGGUUCUGAACCAGCUGCGCAAGCAGAGGGGGAUGAACACCUUCCAAUUCAGACCUCACUGUGGAGAGGCUGGGGCCAUCACUCACCUUCUGGCCUGCUUCAUGACCGCUGACAACAUCUCUCACGGACUCAACCUGAAGAAGGGCCCUGUCCUGCAGUAUCUGUACUUCCUGGCCCAGAUACCCAUUGCCAUGUCUCCACUGAGCAACAACAGCCUCUUCCUGGAGUAUGCCAAGAACCCUCUCCUUGAGUUCCACAAGAAGGGGCUUGUGGUGUCUCUGUCCACCGAUGACCCUAUGCAGUUCCAUUAUACCAAGGAGCCACUGAUGGAGGAGUACGCCAUUGCGGCUCAGGUGUUUAAGCUCAGCACCUGUGACAUGUGCGAGAUCUCCAGGAACAGCGUCCUGCAGAGUAGUCUAUCCCAUGAGGAGAAGGUUCACUUCCUGGGCCCCAACUACCUGAAGGAUGGCCCGGAGGGCAACGACAUCCGCAAGACCAACGUAGCCCAAAUCCGCAUGGCCUACCGCUAUGAGACCCUGUGCUAUGAACUCAACCUUAUCAAGGAGGGCGUCAAAUCUGAGUGAAAGUGUCACACACUCCCCUCACGGUCCAUGGCCCAGCACACCUGAGGGGGGGGGGGUUGGCUGGGGAGCUUCAAGGCGUGCUGGAAUAAUAAUGUUUCCAUCUGCAACUCCCAAGAUUCAGCACGCAAUUCCACUUUCAUAAUCCAAAAGCAAUAAAAUUUUUUAGAGUAAUAAUGCAAUCUGAACCACUGCACGAAUGAGGUGGGCCUGUACUGGCGUCAUUACACUUGUUCCCAGAUA